AUUCGCAACACAUUUUACUCAGACUCGACAUCCGACCACUCUGUUGAGUUCCGAGACUAUUCCCAAAUCACCCCGUCCAAUAUAUCCGCCCCACGAACUGCAUCCUGGGAGGAAAAAUGCAGAACAUUACAGCAACCACUCCUACCUAACAUACCAACCACCAGCGAAGUUCCAUCUUUCGACAAGGCUUGGAGCGGUUUCAUGGAUAAUUGGACCAGUUUGGGCGAUGGCGCAUACCCGCCUAUCUUCAGUUGGCCAGAUACCCAGCUUGAUAGGCUAAUGCCACAGGAAGGUCUGAUCGACCAGAGAACGGUGUUGGGCGUUACAUCGGGUCCGGCAUCGGCUAUGACCCUUAACCCGGCUCUGCCACAGAUCAUUGACACUUCGUUGGAUUUCGGUGACUCCAAAGCGGGCAUAGCUGUUCCCGGUACUAUCUGUGAUGAUUACACAACUGUGAGUGCGUGCGCGUCGCGUAUACGACAGGAGAGCUCCAGCGGCACCGUUGCGACGGGUGUCGGAGCGACUAUGGGCCUUGAACGAUCCAGCCUCCCACUACUUACGGACACUAGCGCAGUCCAACUGACACAGGGCAACCUUGAGAGCCUACCUACACUCCAGGUUGGAUCAGCUAGUACCGGACUGUCCAGAAAUACGUUCGUACUCCCCGAGGCACUUACGGUCUCCAGUCCGAGUGUGGCCCCCGUAGCAACCACUUGUCCCAGCACGACCCCCUCACAGGUGCUCGAUGACGACAGCCCCGACCAUGCACGUGUGGAUGCAGCGCAGGCCUGUACUACGAGCAACCCAGCGAAUCGGCGCAGUACAAACGAGGAGAAUAUGAAGUAUAGGGACCCCGCUUUCAUCACUCGCUGUCUGUCUGGCGGAAGCCCAAGGUCAAGCCCGCCUCCCAUGCAGUAUGCAUGCUCUACAGAGAGCAGCGUUCAAUCGCCCAAAGCGAGCCGUAGAACUAAUACAUAUACAACCCUGGCCAAUUUGUCAGACCCAGUACCUGAGCAGGUACAGUCACAGCUGCCACUGUCAUCUAAUAGUACUGAGAGUGGCGAAGUACGUGAAGUGAGUAGUCUUAGCCGAAGCCUUAGUCAGGUAAAGCAGAGUAUUGCAGACCAGACACAACUUCCUUCGCACAAGGGUACCAGAUAUGAGAGGGCUUUCACCCGUCGUGGGCAUACCGAUAGUUCCAACAUUGUAUCCUCGGCAGAGGGUGAAACGUCUACUAAAGCCGAUGUACCUGUCGUGGUCGGCAAUUGCGCUGAGGUAAAGCGUGAAUUCGAUGUGGUAAAUGAUAGCCAGAACGCAACCGAGCUUAAAUGCGACGCGUCAGUUCCCUCGGCCGAGGUUGACAUUGUGGCACAGACUGCUAUAGGUCCAUUCGUUGCAAAUGAAAGUCGAUCUGUCGCUGCAGCCACUGCCACCACUGCCACCAAGAAGGUGGGCGCUGAGUUCCUUUUUGCCUUUGACUUCUUGAUUAUGAGGUUAUUCAUGAGCAUAUACAUAUAUGUAGAUUGA